CCGGGGAGGGAGGGUGCGGCCCUCCUGCUGCUCCGCAAGGGUGGGGCGUCCCCCUCCCCACAGAGCCCCGCAGUCAGGCCAGUGGGAGGAGCUGUCCGUGCCCCCCCUGAGCCCGCAGGGCUAUAAAGCUGCCUCGCAGAGGUCUUCGGCUCCCUCCCAGCUCCCGGACCAGCUCUGACAGCGGUGACUGCCCAUCCUCUGUCACCAUGAGCCACCCGUCGGGUCUCCGGGCCAGCGUCAGUUCCACCUCCUACCGCCGCACCUUCGGGCCACCGCCCUCACUGUCCCCUGGGGCCUACUCCUACUCGUCCAGCUCCCGCUUCUCCAGCAGCCGCCUGCUGGGCUCGGCGUCUUCCGGCUCCUCCGUGCGCUUGGGCAGCUUCCGCGGCCCCCGGUUGGGUGCGGGCGCCCUCCUGCGCCUGCCCACGGAGCGCCUCGACUUCUCCAUGGCUGAGGCCCUCAACCAGGAGUUCCUGGCCACGCGCAGCAACGAAAAGCAAGAGCUGCAGGAGCUCAACGACCGCUUCGCCAACUUCAUUGAGAAGGUGCGUUUCCUGGAGCAGCAGAACGCGGCCUUGCGCGGGGAGCUGAGCCAGGCCCGGGGCCAGGAGCCGGCGCGCGCCGACCAGCUGUGCCAGCAGGAGCUGCGUGAGCUGCGGAGGGAGCUAGAGCUACUGGGCCGCGAGCGCGACCGGGUGCAGGUGGAGCGCGACGGGCUGGCGGAGGACCUGGCGGCGCUCAAGCAGAGGUUGGAAGAGGAGACUCGCAAGCGGGAGGACGCGGAGCACAACCUUGUGCUCUUUCGCAAGGACGUGGACGACGCCACCCUGUCCCGCCUGGAGCUAGAGCGUAAGAUUGAGUCUCUGAUGGAUGAGAUUGAGUUCCUCAAGAAGCUGCACGAGGAGGAGCUCCGAGACCUGCAGGUGAGCGUGGAGAGCCAGCAAGUGCAGCAGGUCGAGGUGGAGGCGACCGUGAAGCCUGAGCUGACGGCGGCUCUGAGGGACAUCCGUGCGCAGUACGAAAGCAUCGCAGCGAAGAACCUACAGGAGGCAGAGGAGUGGUACAAGUCUAAGUACGCGGACCUGUCGGAUGCCGCCAACCGGAACCACGAGGCCCUGCGCCAGGCCAAGCAGGAGAUGAACGAGUCCCGACGCCAGAUCCAGAGCCUGACAUGCGAGGUGGACGGGCUUCGCGGCACGAACGAGGCGCUACUCAGACAGCUGCGGGAGCUGGAGGAGCAGUUUGCCCUGGAGGCGGGCGGGUACCAGGCGGGCGCCGCGCGGCUGGAGGAGGAGCUACGGCAGCUAAAGGAGGAGAUGGCUCGGCACCUGCGUGAGUACCAGGAGCUCCUCAACGUCAAGAUGGCCCUGGACAUCGAGAUUGCCACCUAUCGAAAGCUGCUGGAGGGCGAGGAGAGCCGGAUCUCCAUGCCAGUCCAUUCCUUUGCCUCCUUAAGUAUAAAGACGACUGUGCCUGAGGUGGAGCCUACCCAGGACAGCCACAGCCGGAAGAUGGUUCUCAUCAAAACUAUUGAGACCCGGGAUGGAGAGCAGGUAGUGACCGAGUCCCAGAAGGAGCAGCGUAGUGAGCUAGACAAGUCUUCUACUCACAGCUACUGAACCCAUUUUGGUCCAGAGUUCCCUGGCCCUGUCCUAGGCCUACUCCAAGCCCAGACCCUAACACCAGCCCUGAGUUAGUCUCCCCUCCCUCUGCAUGUGUCUAGGGGAUGACAGCAGUCACUCCAUCCCUGGCAUGUGACCCAGCCCUAACCAGCCAAGCAGUACUGGGCCUCUCCUGGCCCUAUAGACAUGACCUAUAUGUUCCCCUGUGCCCAUCCCUGUGAGAGGCUGAUGAUCCCCAAGUCAAGUCACUCCUUCCAUGAUCCCAAGAGCAGUGGGCCAGAGUCUGAAUUUCACUUUUGAAUCAAAUAAAAGUGUUGUAAAGAGAAA